UCUCUAGCCCUGGUUUCACCUGCUCGAAAGUCCACUUUGUUUGGUGAAAAAAGUCUUUUUUUUUUUCCUCCUCGCAUUAGCCCAGCCGUGCGUUUCUCGAAGAGGGUCCGUGCCAGUAUUUACUUAUUCUGCUGAGGCCUGCACGGAUUGUGCCGGUUGUGUGACAUUUAUUCGAUUACUUAGCUGCAGUAGGGCUCUGAUCUGUGAACCUGCUUGUUUAAAAGUUAAAGGUCAUGGUUGCCACCACUGCUGCUUCUGCUUUUUUUCCAGUUCCUUCACCUGAACCGGUCGCGAAAUCAACCAAAUCUGGAAAUGGACCUGCCAAAUUGGGAAUGUCGAAGUCAGAUUCUGGUUCUGGGGCCUUGCAGGUGAAGGCAAAUGCGCAGGCCCCUCAGAAAAUAAAUGGUACUUCUGUUGGUUUGGCAACACUUCCUGGGAUUGUCAAGGAUGAGGGUAAUAGGCCAUCCACCGCACCUAGGACUUUUAUCAACCAAUUGCCUGAUUGGAGUAUGCUACUUGCUGCUAUUACUACGGUAUUCUUGGCAGCGGAAAAGCAAUGGAUGAUGCUUGACUGGAAACCAAAGAGGCCAGAUGUGCUUGUUGACCCAUUUGGUUUAGGGAGAAUUGUCCAGGAUGGCCUUGUUUACACACAGAAUUUUUCUAUUAGGUCGUAUGAAAUAGGGGCUGAUCGUACAGCAUCCAUAGACACGUUAAUGAAUCACUUGCAGGAAACGGCUCUCAAUCAUGUCAAGUCUGCUGGGCUUCUUGAUGAUGGCUUUGGUUCAACCCCUGAGAUGUACAAGAGGAAUCUAAUAUGGGUUGUUGCCAAAAUGCAGGUUUUGGUAAAUCGCUACCCUGCCUGGGGGGAUGUGGUUCAAGUAGAUACCUGGGUCUCUGGGUCGGGGAAGAAUGGUAUGCGGCGAGAUUGGCGUGUACGUGACUGCAAAACUGGAGAAACUUUAACAAGAGCCUCCAGUUUGUGGGUGAUGAUGAAUAAGAAAACCAGAAAAUUGUCCAAAAUUCCGGAAGAAGUUCGAGAAGAAAUAGAACCUUAUUUUCUGAAUUCUGCCCCAGUCGUGGAGGAGGAUGACCGGAGACUACCAAAAUUAGAUGACAACACAGCAGACUUUAUACGCACUGGUUUAACACCUCGAUGGAAUGAUUUAGAUGUCAACCAGCAUGUUAACAAUGUGAAGUACAUCGGCUGGAUACUCGAGAGUGCUCCACCAGAAAUCCUGGAGAGCCAUGAGAUCUCAGCCCUGACAUUGGAGUACAGGAGGGAAUGUGGUAGGGACAGCGUGCUCCAGUCGCUGACUGCAAUCUCUGGCAAUCGGGACGGUGACCUUAAAAGUUGCGGUGAAGUUGAGUGCCAGCAUCUGCUUCGACUUGAAAAUGGGGCUGAAAUCGUGAGGGGAAGGACCGAGUGGCGGCCCAAAUACUCGAGCAACUGUGGAGUUGCUGGUGAGGUGCCGGCGGAAAGUGCUUAAUAUUCUGAGUUAUUCGUAGAGGGAUGGAAUUAGCAGUAUUUGUUCAUUGCUUGUGUAAAGUUAUGUGCUACUUUCUCAGAUGUUUCUGGUUUCUUAUCACUCUCUAUACAUCUAAUUUGAUGCCUGAAAUCCAAGUCCACUGUAAAUUGUAUGUUCUACUCUCCGUUUUGAGCUUUAGCUAUAUAAGUCUUAAGAGUAUCGAUGUUUGGGAACAUGAUAUGUAUCUAUUCCUAUUUGUUUUGUUAUACUUGGUAUUCUAAUGACUGUGAGCUUCAUCA